GAAAUGUUCGAAAUGUUUGUUUUGCUUCUCGAGCAAUUCCCGCUUAUCGAAGUGUACGUCGAUACGCACUUGUGUUGAAUCCGUGUAUUACUAUUUCAAUGUCCCCACUGUUGGAAAUCUGUAUCGACUCGUUCGAAUCAGCCUUGGCUGCCAUACGAGGAGGUGCCGAUCGUCUGGAACUUUGUGCCGCACUCAGCGAGGGUGGUUUAACCCCAUUGAUUGGACUACUCCGAGAGGUGCGGAACUUUGUGCUGACGAACGAUUACCGGACACAGCUGUACGCGAUGAUUCGUUGCCGCCGGGGGAGCGAUUUUUGCUACAGCGACAUGGAGAUGAAGAUUAUGGUGCAUGAUUUGAAAUUGCUAGCCGAAAACGGUGCCGAUGGUUUUGUGUUUGGUGCGUUGACCGACGGUGGAGAAAUCCAUUCCGAGCAUUGCCGAUUGAUUGUGAAGGAAACACAGGCUGUUGGAAAACCGGUUACAUUCCACAGAGCCUUCGAUUGUACCGCUGUGGAGAAAAUGGUGCAGAACCUAAAAGUUAUUGCUUCACUAGGUUUCAGCACUAUUCUUACUAGUGGCUUUGAACGUACAGCCAUUGAAGGGGUGAAUAAUGUGGCCCGCUUGGUGGAUAUAACUGAAGAAGAAGAAAUAUCGAUUGUCAUUAUGCCUGGAUCUGGAAUUACAUCGGCUAAUGCGAAGGAGAUUGUCCAAAAAACAAAGUGCGCAGCGGUUCAUGCGUCGGCAAGGUCAACAAAGAAGACUGGCUGCUCAAAUGCACUCCCAAUGGGUAGUAUCUCUAAGGACGAUAACGGUUUACUAGUCUGCGAUGAAAAUAUUGUUAGAGCAAUCAAAAAUCUAAUUGUUCUGAACUGAUUCUAGGAUGUGAUAAGACUACGAAUUCGGUCAGUAAGCGAUUGCAAAUAAAUCAUAUAAUUAAAUACUGUUUGAUUCAGUGUAUAACAGGUCAACUCUGAGAGUUUCAUUUGAUCAGUUUAAUGGCAUCACUUUUCCACUUGUUAUUCUA